AUUCCGAGGAGGGAACGAGAUGGCAAAGAAGCUGCUCAUCAUCGACACGGACUGCGGCAUAGAUGACGCCCAGGCUAUCAUGCUGGCCUUGGCGGCGCCGAACGUCAGCGUGCUGGCGGUCACCUGCGUGUUUGGGAACGCGUCGGUGGAUAAUGUUUGCCAGAAUGUUUUAAAAGUGCUCUACGUGUGUGAACGGGAGCAGAUCCCAGUGUUCCGAGGUUCUGCCGGGUCGCUGGUUGGUACCAGUGACACCUUCAGCGACCACUUCGGGACGGAUGGCCUCGGAGACAUCCCGGAGGACAAAGACCCACAGUGGGAGAGGAAGAUCCAGAGAGAACAUGCGGUGACUGCUAUGAUCAGACUGGUCACAGAGAACCAGAACCAGGUGAGCCUGGUGGCCCUUGGACCUCUCACCAAUCUGGCCCUGGCUGUCAAAGUGGAUCCAAGUUUCCCUAACAAGCUCAAAGAACUUCACAUCAUGGGCGGCAACAUAGAAGGGAAAGGUAACUUGUUGCCGUGCGCAGAGUUCAACUUUGCAAAGGAUCCGGAGUCUGCUUACAUCGUUCUGGAGGAGUUCCUCUGCCCGACCCACCUGGCAUCAUGGGAAUAUUCCUGCCAAAACGCUCUGACGUGGGAGUUCUUCGAGGGGCUCGUCAAUCAGGACUCUCCGGCCGCCCGCUUCAUGAAGACCAUCACCUCCAGGUGCUGGGCCUACUCCAGAGAGGUCUUGAGGAAUAAGCGGGACGUCUACUUCGGGCCGGGCUUCGUCUCUUUUGACUCGUACGCCAUGGCGGCCUGCGUGGACGCCAGUGUGGUCACGGAGAGCAUCGUGUGUCCCGUGCGCGUGGAGCUGCAGGGCGCCAUGUGUCGCGGCAUGAUGGCGCUGGACCUCUCCGACACGCUGAAGAAGAAGCACCGCGUGACCGUGUUCACCAAGUGUGACACGGCCAAGAUGGCCCGGCUGCUCAUGGCGUCGCUCGGGCAGCCCCGUAUGAAGCAGUGACGCAGGAAAGGGAUGAAAAACCAAUCAUUCAAAUCAUAUCAAAUGUACACCUGCUUCAUUGCCUCUCUUCAAUUAAACAUAUUUCCAAAUUCAGUGUUUCCCAUACAUGAUUUAUCUGUGGUGCCCAUUAUAAACCCAUUAUGAUGGGACCUUCUGUGACUGGCGCUUGUCGUUCCAACGCCAUACAGUGAGUGGAUGGCAUCCUAACGUCUUCAGCGUAUCCAGACGUAUGAUAAUUCUCAUUUGUACAAUCAUUUCACCCUCUGUACGAUCAGUCAUUUUUAAAAAUCCUGCCAAGUACCCAAGAAAAUGUGGCCCCUUUGAUAACAUGGCAAUUGGCAUGUGCCUCUGCCCGUGGCAGCUUUUUUCCAACAGUACUGUUAAUUUAAGGGUGUCCAACGUGUGGCCUGGAGGACAUUUGUGGCCGGUGGCAGGCUUUUUUUCUUUUAUUGGCCCUCGACACUUUCUAAAAAAAUGUUAAAAAUAAAUCAAGAAAAAUUAAACAGCAAAAAUGGGAAAAACAGCAGUAAUUUGGACUUUGGUCAACAGCACAUUUAAAAGAAAAAAACAAACAAAAAACUAUAAACUGCAAAAAUGGGAAAAAAAAUUGUCAUAACUUUACGAGGAAAAAGUUGCGAUAUUAUGUGGGAAAACAUGGAACAGAGGUGAACCUUUCCAGGAGUGGCCGGCCAACCAAAAUGACCCCAAGAGCACGGCGACGACUCAUCCAAAAGGUCACAAAAGACCCCACAUCAUCAUCCCUUAAGGUCAACGUUCAUGACUCACUAUAAGACAGACACUGGGCAAAAACUGCCUGCAUGGCAGAGUUCCAAGAUGAAAACCACUGCUGAACAAAAAGAAUAAUACUCUGUGGUCUGACGAGACAAAUACUGAACUUUUUGGAAGGUGGGUGUCCCAUGACAUCUGGCAUAAAAGUAACUCUGCAUUUCAGAAAAAGAACAUCAUACCAACAGUAAAAUAUGGUGGUGGCAGUGUAAUGGUCUGGCGCUGUUUUGCUGCUUCAGGACCUGGAAGACUUGCUGUGAUAAAUGGACGCACAAAUUCUGUUGUCUACCACAAAAUCCUCAAGGAGAAUGUCCGCCAUCUGUUGGUGACCUCAAGCUGAGGUUCUGCUGCAGGACAAUGAUCCAAAACACACCAGCAAGUCCACCUCUGAAUGGCUGAAGAAAAAUAAAAUGAAGACUUUGGAGUGGCCUAGUCAAGUCCUGACCUGAAUCCUAUUGAGAUGCUGUGGCAUGACCUUAAAAAGGUGCUUCAUGCUGGAAAACCCUCCAAUGUGGCUGAAUUACAACAAUUCUGCAAAGAUGAGUGGGCCAAAAUUCCUCCACAGCGCUGUAAGAGACUCAUUGCAAGUUAUCACAAACGCUUGAUUGCAGUUGUUGCUGCUAAGGGUGGACCAACCAGUUACUUGUAGGUUUAGGGGGCAAUCACUUUUUCACACUGGGACAUGUAGAUUUGCAUUUUUUCUCUCCCUGAAUAAUAAAACGUUUCAUUUAAAAACUGCAUUUUGUGUUCAGUUGUGUUGCACUUUAAAUUCGUCUGAUGAUCUUAAACAUUUACAUGUUACAAACAUGCAAAAAAAUAAGAACCCGGGAAGGGGGCAAACAUCUCAAAAAAAGUUUCAUAAAAUGAAAGCUGUUUCAAUUUCUGCACCCCCCCCCUGUAAUUGUGACUUCAUUCCCAUAUAUUAUUUUUUUCUCUUUACAUGACAACUUUUUUUCAAGACUUAAAUUUUCAACUUUAUGCUACUAAAAUGUUAUUUUUCCUCAUAUUACAUUAUUCUCCUAAAAUACAUUUCUCAUUUUCGUUUUCCCGUUUAUAUUUUUAGAAUGUGCCACGGGCCACAAAAAAAAACCCCAGGCCCCACUU